UUUUCGUGUAACUUUCCGGCAAAAUGGCUGCGCCCAUGGAGCGAAUGAUUUUGCAAAGUGACUGGCAGUAUUCUUUGAGAGAAGAGAAGGGUCGAGCAUGGAUAACAUACAAGGGUACAAACUGUCCGAGUGUGCAUGGCCACCUGGACACACAGGGCAUAUCCCGGGAAGGGCUUCCGGAACUCACUGGUACAGAUGGCUUCACUGUACACAACAUCUCUAAAUACACACUAACAGCCCAAUACAGCGGGGAGCUUGGAAGCCUCACCAGGAAGUUUGUGGCCCCACAGAUCUCAUUCUCAGCAAUACAUAAACAGAACAAAAGUGCCGUGUGUGGAUACGUGACAGCCGGUGGUCUGGGUGUGUCAUGUGACAGUGGGAACCAGCUUCUGGUGUGGCAGACCAGUGAUGGAGAAGUGAGGCGGAGACUUGAAGGCCACAAGGGUGACGUGUACACGUGUCAGUUCUUCCCGUCGGGCGUGGUCAUCCUGACCGGUGGGGCAGACAUGCAGCUGAAGAUAUGGUCGGCGGAGACAGCAAAGUGUGCAGCAACACUCGUGGGACAUACAGCUGGUAUCCUGGAGACAGCAGUGAUCGACAGAGGUCGGAACAUUGUGUCCUGUGGCAGGGACGGCACUGCCAAACUGUGGGAUGUAGGUCAGAGUUCAGUGCUGACAACUUUCAAGGACUGUGGCGGCAUCGUGAACAGCUGCUCCGUGGAAGUGAUGGACAACUCCAUUGACCUUGGUGCGCCUGACAACCCUCCCAGUGAGAGAGAGGUGUCAACAGAAGGCAAGAUGCUGCUCCUGGGAUGUGAGAAUGCUACACUGCAGGGUUACGGGCUACGCAGUCGUCAGAAGAUAUUUGAACUUGACUGCCACUCUGCUGUCAACGUUGUAACCUUCCUAUCAGACGUUCAGGCAGUAUGUGGGACACAGGAUGGUCACGUGACCGUUGUGGACAUCAGAAAUGUGAGAGUGCCGCUGAAGGAGUGGCAGGAGUCUCGGUCGGCCAUCUUGUCUCUGCUGCCACACAAACAGGGCUUCUUCGCAUCAACAGGAGAUGGUUCCUGCUUCUACGUGGACGAGCGUCAGGAGACGAGGGCUGAGCUGACCGGUGCGGACUGCGACCCAGUGUACAAGACUGUGUGUGACGGUAGCCACGUGUACACCUCCUGCCGAGAUGGCACCAUCAGGCGCUACAGUUUGCUACAUGUCUGACACUGACUUGUACUACCCAUGGCUUUGUUCAUGAAGGCCUGAGAGACACGAAGCAGGUGCUACAAUUACUGUGUGUGGGUACAAGAGACACCAUUGUUGAGUUUAGCAGACUUUACAUUGCUGUUAGGUUGGACAGUUUGAUGAUAGCUGAGGUUCAGAAAAAUA